UCACCAUCACGAGCACGGCAGACGACACAUCCGCAUGGCGUCUCAGACGGCAGAACGGAACUUUAAAUAACAACAACAUUUGUGCUUUGUUUCGAUAGUAACUUGAACUUCUUAUUCGCCGCGAGAAUUCAAUGGAAAAGAGCAGUGCACGAAAUUAUGUAGGCAGUACAAUGUGACAUGAAACAACUACGCAGGAUGUGAGCUUCUGAGACGUAGUUCGUGAUGCUUCAGGCACGCAGAUAUGACCGAAGCCUUAACAUCUCAACAAAGCAGUGGUUCGGAUGUUGCGGAUCCGCACUUGAAUUUCACAGAACUGCCCUACGAACUGAGGCUGAAGGUGUUUUCUUUCUUGACGAAAGAAGAGCUCAUCACAGCCGCAUUGGUCAGCAAAGAUUUCCGAAGCGUUGCCUAUGAUCCUAGCCUUUGGAGAAGCGCUACAGUCAACUCUAAAGCUGAACCUGUUGAUGUACUGCCCUUGUUGAGGCGAUCGCAUAUGCUGCAGCAUCUCACACUUCGAGCUUCCGCCGUAUUUACGUUCGUUUCGGAGCACGCAAAAUGGUUCCCACAACUCAAGUCCCUCGACGUGGGCUUUUCGUCGGAUGUCAGCUCUGAGACGAUAGCACGAUUCGUGAAGAACUGCCCUUGCUUGACGUACCUGAACGUGGAGGGCUGCAGAGAUGUUGAUGAGGCCACUGUGAUGCAGAUAUGUCGAUGGAAGUAUUUAGAUACCCUGAUUCUCUCACAUUGUUGUUUAUUAACGGAUAACGCUAUCGAAGCCAUUUCCCGUCAGUGCCAAAGUCUGCAGCAUUUUAAUGCAGACGGAAUAACUCGCAUAACGGACAGGUCCAUCUGUACCUUUGCUACAAACCUCUGUGAAACUCUAGUCUGGUUGGAGUUGGACGGUGAAGAACUGACAGACGCCUCAUUUUAUGCCAUCAAACACUGCUCAAAGCUAAAAACGUUGUUCAUCAGCUAUGCAGAAAACCUAACAGAUGCCAGUUUGUCUUGUAUACAGGAACUUUCCGAGCUGACUCGUCUCAAACUGCGUCGGGGACCAAAUCUCACUGCUGAUGGCAUAAGACAGAUGUUUUUGGGGACCAAUUUACGGAAUUUGAUCUACCUGGAAUUUGACAGUCUCUCCAUCGACGACGAUGGCGUGCACGCUCUUGUCAAAUGUUGCACCAAAUUGCAGUGCCUGGCAUUGCCGUGGUGCUGGGAUAUUACGGAGCUGGGCCUGUCCAUGAUUGUUGUUGCUUGCAGGAAUUUGACCAACUUGGUCCUAUUAGGAUUAUUCAGGAUCCAUGGCUACUGCCUCCCAGAUGUGCCUUUGAAUCUUCCAAAGCUUCGUUAUAUGCAUUUUGGACAGUGCAAUGAGAUUGUGGAUUCCCUCCUGCAAGAUCUGGUGCAAAUAAUGCCACAACUCGAGGUCUACAACUAUUAUGGAGAGCUGGUUGUUCCUUCAAGUGAUGACGAUCUUGAUCCUGCAUAAGCAUUAUCUCCUUGGCUAUUUUAGUUGGCUCCUCAGGACAUGAAGUGUGGACGUGAGAACCCAAAAACGUCUUGCCGUAGAGGGGAUACAUUAACUAUGCAAGCGUGCUGAUGAUGCAAGUAAAUGGUCAACGAUAUUUGUCUUUGGUGAACCGUUGCUGCGACUUAUGACCACUUUCACCGACUUUCUAUCGCAGGAACUUGAAUUUUGUGAAUUCAACUCCAAAACUUGUCAAAUGAACUAUGAUUUUUUUUCUUUUUCUAUAGAGUUAUGUUUAUAUGUGCAACACAUGCCCGCAAUCAUCAUCAUUAAAUAAAGCGUCUAUGUUGUUGAGCGGUA